AUGGAAAUUUGGGUUGAAAAAUAUGGUUAUGGGCUCUCUGCUCCUCCCCGUUCGACAGACAGCCGCAUCUUCUGGUGCAGCGCCAGCCGCAUCCCCGAGACACGACGUAUGAUUCUACCCACGGCAAAUUCCACGGCACAGUCAAGGCUGAGAACGGGAAACUUGCCAUCAACAGGAAGUCCAUCUCCAUCUUCCAGGAUCUUGGUCCAACUCAACUGUCAAGUGAUUGGUGCUUCUGUGGAUUCUCAUUUCUGUCACCUGGCUUGGAUCAACACACCCAAGAAACAAGGAGGACUGGGACCCAUGAACAUUCCCUUGGUAUCAGACCCCAAGCGUACCAUUGCUCAGGACUAUGGAGUCUUAAAGGUUGAUGAAGGCAUCUCGUUCAGGGGCCUCUUUAUUAUUGAUGAUAAAGGUAUCCUUCGGCAGAUCACUGUAAAUGACCUUCCUGUUGGUCGCUCUGUGGAUGAGACUCUGCGACUAGUUCAGGCCUUCCAGUUUACUGACAAGCAUGGGGAAGUGUGCCCAGCUGGCUGGAAGCCUGGCAGUGAUACCAUCAAGCCUGAUGUCCAGAAGAGCAAAGAAUACUUCUCUAAGCAGAAGUGAGCGCCUCGCCAUUUUAGGGCCGGGCUAUAGUGGGGCAUCCAUGAAAACAGAAUCUUCUUUUGUACUAUUGUCAUGCUUAUAACAAGACUUUAGAUUCUGCAGAUGUGGUAUGUGGUAUGGGACAAGACAGCCCUUUCCUGCAGGGGUUGGGGAGGCCAGCCUUUCUUCCUCUGGAGAGAAUGGUCUGAGGUGUGCUAUGGGGCAGGCCAACUGAUAUGUACAGUAGUAGCAAGGCAUCACUUUUGAUCUUUUGUUGUUUCUAUUAAACUUGAACUGAGAAAAAAAAA